UUCGGGACGCUGAAGGAUGUCGCGGAUGCAAAUUCGAGGAACUAUGCGUAUGGCUACAUGGACGAGCCCUUCAGCCUCCGCGUUAAUCGACCGGGUUGUGAGUUCGACGGACCCAUCUUACCUAAUCGCAACAGCCACAAGUCCCAAGUAUGGAACGCGAAGAAACAUGACUUGCGCUGGGAGUUACAUACGCGACUCCAACAGUGGUACAACAGCGCGUCUGUGUCAGGCUUUGGCGACGUGCGCGAGCAGGUGACCAAGAUCGACGAGAGUGUCCGCACCGCACGCGAAAUCAACACCUCCGAGUUCACGGUGGGAGACGAGCUGCUCCGACGUGUCGAGAAUAUCUGGAAGGAACAAUUCGUACCCGGCUGCGACGUGCGUGCCGAACCCUACAAGAUUCAUCUCUACGGCCCGGGCGGCCACUUCGACACACACCGCGACACUCCGCAGAAAGACCUCAUGGGCACGUUUCUGGUGGGCCUCGGCGACACUGCGGACCAUGGCGCCCUCGUGGUCGAUGGCAAGCAUUUGAAAGCGCAUCCAGGAUCGUGGUGCGCGUUUUACCCGGAUGUGCCGCACGAGGUGACAAGACUGUCCGAUGGCUACCGCGCCGUGGUCGCCUUCAAAAUCUUCCGUGCUUCAAGUUCUACAGGGGCGGGGGAUGGCGACACCCAGAAGACGGCGGAGGUGCGUCGACGGCUUGCAGAGGUCGUGCCGAAGAUGAAGGCCCCGUAUGGCCUCCUGCUUGAACACAAGUACUGCCUGGGUACGGACGAGUUCAGCGGCUUCGAUGGGCUCCUGGUAGACGCAGUGCGCGCCCAUUCUUCAGGCAGGUUCGAUGUUCACCACCUCCCCGUCGUGGUCAGCUCGUGGUCCGUGUGGGGCUCAGAAAACGACGACCCUUACGAAGAAUACGCCGUCCAUUGCUCCACGAAUGUGUACCCUUUCACGAACGGCCACAUCGACUACUUGAACUCGGUCCCGGCGGAAAAAUCAUAUGGCAGCGCCACCCACACAGCCUGCGGAUGUGCCUGGUUGGAGGACGUGAAGGACCUCCAAUUCUACGCCGUGGACCUUUCGCGGCGGACCAUGUUCCCUUUCAAGCACGAGACGAAUGAGACAUGCAACCAUGUCGGGAACGAGGCGCAGGCUUGGCGAGAAGAUAGUGUAUAUCUAUCAUACGCGCUACUAGUGUUGCCCAACACGACCGCAAAGGAAGGAGCGGAAGAGGUGUCUGAGGAGGAUGGAGUUGAAGGAUUAGAAGAGGAGGAUGAGGAUGAAGAAGGAUCGUAUGUGCCCUCGGAGGAAGAGGACGGGGAAGAAGAGGAGGAUUCGGAAGAUGAUGAGUCGGGAGAGGAAGCAUCGGAGGGGUAA